UCUCGGGCGGGAGAAGAAGAAGAAUUAGUAAAGUGUGAUCAUAAUGUCUGCUAGCGGCGGCACCGGAGAUGAAGAUAAGAAGCCUAAUGAUCAGAUGGUUCAUAUCAAUCUCAAGGUUAAGGGUCAGGAUGGGAAUGAAGUUUUUUUCAGGAUCAAACGUAGCACACAGAUGCGCAAGCUCAUGAAUGCUUAUUGUGACCGGCAGUCAGUGGACAUGAACUCAAUUGCAUUCUUAUUUGAUGGGCGCAGGCUUAGGGCAGAGCAAACUCCUGAUGAGCUGGAGAUGGAGGAGGGUGAUGAAAUCGAUGCAAUGCUACAUCAAACUGGAGGCAGUUGCUGCACUUGUUUCUCUAAUUUUUAACUUGGUUUAUGUUAGUAGAUUGUUUAGGGUAAUACUUUCAACUCCCUCAUCUGCUCUAAGAUGGGUAAAUUUAUGAAUGUUUAGUUUUCAGUAUUAGAUGAUGACACUACUAAAUGGUUCAAUUUUCAUGGCAUUUGUAAAAGUUUACUCUUAAUAUGGUU